UCCGAACUUCUCUCCCUCCUCCCAGAGAGGCCAAGCCUAUAGAAAAGGUUGAGGCUUCGGGCUGUUACAAUUCUGGUAUGUUUCUGAAACAAUGAUCCUAUCCGCAGAGAAGGGCAAAUCGUCCUUAGCUGUAGCUGACCCAGUCCAGAUGCUGUCCUUGGUGUUUGGGAAACCGCGGAAGAAAAAGGAAUGUGAGAGAGCCUAUGCCUUUACCAUUUGUAGACCAUGUGUCAGGGCCACCAUUGUUCUAAGAAAAAGGCAUCUCUGGCACGUUUCUAAAGGUCUAACUUAUUCCCCCUCAGUGGUUUGCAGGAAAAAUUUAGAUAGCACAACAGUGGCAAUUCAUGAUGAGGAGAUCUACUGCAAAUCCUGCUACGGAAAGAAGUAUGGGCCCAAAGGUUAUGGUUACGGCCAGGGCGCCGGCACGCUCAACAUGGACCGGGGUGAGAGGCUGGGCAUCAAGCCAGAGAGUGCUCAACCUCACAGGCCUACAACAAAUCCAAACACUUCCAAAUUUGCUCAGAAAUACGGAGGUGCUGAGAAGUGUUCCAGAUGUGGGGAUUCUGUGUAUGCUGCUGAGAAGAUAAUUGGAGCUGGAAAGCCCUGGCACAAAAACUGUUUCCGCUGUGCCAAGUGUGGGAAGAGUCUUGAAUCCACAACCCUGACUGAGAAAGAAGGUGAAAUCUAUUGUAAAGGAUGCUAUGCAAAGAACUUUGGACCCAAGGGAUUUGGCUAUGGCCAAGGAGCAGGGGCCCUCGUUCAUGCUCAGUAAAGGUGUAAGCCCACAACCAAGAUCGCACACUGAGAACCUCUACACCCUCUAGGCACAGAUAAUCUACCACUAAACUACUGUGAACUUCUGCCAGCACUUAAGUACUGUCUGUUGUCCCGUAUGUGGAGAGGCUGGCUGGCUGACUCGUAGGAAGAGAGCACGGUGUCCUUUUGCUUUAUUCAUCAGCAUUUUCAGAAUUGUUUCUUUUACAUUUUAAAUAAAACCUUAGCGUG